UGUUUGAUGUAUUUGAUACUGUUCCAUUGAUCCCAUUCCAGCCAUUACAAUGAGCCCAAAACGCAGAAAGCAUGAACAUGUUAGUACUUCAGGGACUGCAAAUGGUCAGACAUCAGUCUCUCUCUCUCUCUCUCUCUCUCUCUAUCUCUCUCUCACUCCCUCAGUCACUCUCACUGGUUCUGGGGAGUGGAGUUCGAUGGAACUCAGUGGCGCUGUAGCUGAGGUCAUCAGUUUGGUCUGUCUUCUUCCUACACCACAACAGAACUGACAGAAAAGCAUCCACACAAGUAGAUCUCAGAGCUAACCCCUGACCUGUAAGAGAUGGAUGGAUGUGACGAACCUGUAGGGUCCAUGAUGUCCAAAGACAAUGGCAGCACCCCCACAUUACCUCUGGUCAACCGGUCCUGUGCGGACCUGAAGUGCUAUAUGGUUCUGUUCGAGGUGGAGAAGACAGCCAUCGGCUCCAUCUGUUUCCUGGCCGGACCCUUCACUUUCCUGGAGAAUGCUUUGGUCCUGGGUGUGAUCGCCGCCACGGCCGCCCUGCGCCAGCGCCCCUCCUACCUCUUCAUCGGCAGCCUGGCCCUGGCCGACGUCUUUGCCAGCUGCUUCUUCACCACCAGCUUCCUGGACUUCCACCUGUUCCACCGCCUUGACGGCCCCAUCGCCUACCUCUUCAAGCUGGGCGGGGUGACGAUGGCUUUCACCGGCUCGGUGGGCAGUCUUCUGCUGACUGCUCUGGACCGCUAUCUGUGUAUACAUCAGGCGUCGAGUUAUAAAGUGGUGUUGACGCGCCGCAGGGCCCUGUUGGCUCUCCUUGCCCUGUGGAGCGCCACCAUCCUCAUCUCCUUCCUCCCUCUGAUGGGCUGGAGGUGCCCCACAGGGCUCAGCCCACCCUGCUCGCGCCUCUUCCCAUACAUCGACCACCGCUACCUGGCCUGCUGGGUCAGCUUCAUCCUGGUGCUGCUGUCACUCAUCCUGAGCGCCUACGCCCUGAUCCUGUGGAGGGCCAAUCGGCAUGAGUCCUCCAUGACGGGCCUCCAGGGGGCGCCUACCGGUGGUCAGGCCCGCAUGCGGCUGGACAUCCGAUUGGCACGUACCCUGGGCCUGAUUCUGCUCAUCAUGGUGGGCUGUUGGCUGCCGACCCUCUCCUUCAUGUUGGCAGAUGUCUCGGUGCAGCUCACACAUGCCCAGCAGAGGGCCUUUGCUUUCUGCAGCACCAUGUGCCUGGUCAACUCAGCCGUCAACCCACUGCUGUAUGCCCUGCGCUGCCGGGAGCUGAGGGUGGCACUGAUGCGGCUGUUGGGGGGCCUGAGUGAGGGGCUGGGGUGCUGCCAGAGGCACGUGGGGGUAGACUCGACCACUACCCUUCCCUUAGGCGAGGGCAACAGCUGUAGCGCGCACUCCGAGAGUGAGGCGCCCAGACUCGUUAGCUGCCGACCGAACACAGUCUCAGAAAUGGUUGGCAAGCAGCAACUGGACAUGACUGGAAAAUGAGAAGGGGUGAGAGGCUUACUGUAUAUCAGGGUUAUUGUAGUGGGGUGUUCUGAACUUGUGUUUCUUCUGUUGUGUUCAUAGCGAUGAGGAGGUAAUGUCUCUCAAAUGAACUGUGAUAACAGGGACUAAAACAAAGAUAUAGACCAUGUUACCAUAAAUUGUGUUGACCCACCUACAAGCCAAGUCACUCAGAGAUAAUACUAUUUUAUUAUUUGUCCAAGGGAAUUAUUGUUAUUAGGGGAAUUAUCCCAAAUUAACCCCUUUGGGAAAAGAACAGCAUUGUUGAUGUUGGCAGUGCAAAUGUAGAUAGCUAUCUGUAUCCUAUGCUUGUUUUAGCUUGAGUGUUUGUCCUUUAGCGUCCAGAAGAGGAUCCUGCCGGGUUCCCAUCUGCACAUAUAUACCUAUCCUGAACAGAGGCCCUGUGGAUUGUAAACAAUGUUCUCCACAUGUGACUGCAAGCAGUGUCGAGAUCAGAGGUGUGGGCAAGGCUGAGCCUGGGUGGGUCCACUCGGGAAAAAAAGAGAUCCACUCAGAUUUUGUAUUAUUUAUUAAAAAAAAAUGUUUAUGCUCUUUACUUGUCAGUGUUCCUAAUGGGAUAUUAUUUGUCUUUUUACCUAAAUACGCAAACACUAUUAGAAUUCAUAGCAAGCAGUGCACUGGGUUAGUCAGAUUUGAUUAAAUAUAACAAAACAGAUGACCUGGAAUGACAUCACUUGCCAAAAAGAACUAACUGAAAGCCACACCCCCAAUGAGCAACGAAUAUGACUGCAUUGAGGCAUAUGUCACUGUGCUUCUAUGGCUAUAUGCACCAUGCCACUACCUAUUUCAUUUGUUCAUUUAGCAAACAAGCUCAAAAUCCAGCGCCUUUAUCACAUUCUACACACCUAUAUUUGAGCUUUAAUGAGCUUUAAAAAUUCGACAUUUUCUCUCAGCCUCAUGGCAAAAUGUGUAGAAUAGCAUGAGAUGAGCUAAAGAAAAACUGCACAUUUUCCUCUCUACCCUAUGGCAAAAUGUGUAAAAUAAAAUUGGGGGCCCAGACAGAUUUCUACAGGCCCAACCAACAACAAAUUUCUGGCUACGCCACUGGUCGAGAUAAGUGGGGCACAGUUUAGAAAGAUAGAGAGUCACACAACACAGAGACUAGAACACUCUUUUCUAUAGAACACUAUAAAUAGAAACUAUAGUUCACAAGUCAUUUCAGUAGAUCAAUCACAAAACAAACAAACA